CACAUUUGUGCAGUUUGGACUGAGUGAAGCCAGAGAACAUGACGUCUGUCGCUGUGAUACUGGGACUGCUGGUCUGCAUAGAGGCACCAGGCUCCAGUGCUGUGACUCCUGUAUUUGUGCAGAAGGGGAAGGAUUUAAUGCUGGAGGUCAUGGAGGAUGAUGUACCUGAGGGUUUUUUGAUUUUUCAAUGGAUAUUCAAUGGAAAGUAACACUUUAGUAACAUUUUCACCUGGUAAAGAACCAAUAGUCUCUGAUGUUUACACUGGAAGGGUUGAGGCUUCUGUGAAAAAUUUCUCUGUGAAACUGAAGAAUCUACAAGAGGCAGACAGUGGAGUUUAUAUUGCACAAGUGACAGCGGCUCAAGGAGAUAAAAUACUAGCUAGAUACAGCGUCACAGUUCAAGAUCCAGUGUCUCCAGUUGCUCUGACAGUAGACUCUGUGUCCAGCAGCUCAGACUCCUGUAGCCUCACUGUGACCUGCAGCACACAGGACUCACAUCACAUCAACAGCACCUUUACAUGUGACACCAACACCUGCAGUCAGGAGGGAGGAGAGAGGUCAAAGGUCACAACCUCUGGUGCUUCACUCAAUGUCUAUCUGCUGAAUGACUUAAUCAUCUGUAACCAUAGCAACCAGGUCAGCUGGACCAACAACAGUAAAAUGAUUGAUGAUUUCUGUUGGAGACACACUGGUCCAGAGGCUGGUAUCUCUCUCUGCCUGGUGAAGACAGUCGUGUUCUCUGUCGGUCUGGUCAUCAUGGUGUCUGCUGUCAUCAGUGUCCAUCUCAUGGAGAAGCUCAAGAGGCACAAAUAAUCAAACAGUUCUCUACUGAUCAACUUCACAUGUGUCUCACAGUCUUAUCUAAAUGUAAAGUUAAAGGUGGCCUGUGUGGUCUUUGACCACUGGGAGCACUUUUCUUUUUUUCUAGGUGGGGCCUUCUCUUGUAUUAUGCAUGUGCACAAGAAAUGUAGCAAAGCACCGACAAAGUGAAGGAGGGAGAAGACUGCAGACAUAGAUGUAAACAAUUCAGGGUUUUAUUUCCUUUAUAAAUUAUCUUUGAAUAUACAUGAAACACUUCUGUAAGGUUUCAAUGAUACAAUAUAAACAGAGAAAAAUAAGCAUUUUAUUGAAAAUGUACUGUUUUUAAUUUAGAAAACGAACUUGAAAUGAAAAUUAUUCUUGAUUAUCCAUUGAUUAUACCCAAUAAUAUAUUUUCUUACUUUGUAAAUACAAUGAUUGUAAAGAGAUUUCCCUGUUGAAAAUGUUUAUAGAGGUUGUUUUGUUCAAGAAUGUACAAAAAAUAUGUAAAUUUUAUUAAUGCAAUAUAUGUCACACUGCAUGAAGUCAUAUUUACAAUAUUCUUAAAAAGAUUGCACUUACAUCUGUUUUGUAAAUUCCAUGUUCUUUAGACCAAGUAAUUGAUAGUUUUUUAAACCAUGUUUUAAUCUUUUCACUAAACUAAGUAAAGGAGCUUCUUAUAUUUGCAACAUUACAUUUAUUAAAUCUAUAAGCCUCUCUCA